GUGGAUAGGUCAACGUUCGGCUGAAAAGAAGAAAAACAAUUUGUUGAUUACGCCUCUUUUGUCACUGUCAAAAAAAAUCUCAGGCCUUCGCUGUUGCCGCUCAGAUUUAUUAUGAGUCAGUAUCGUUUCAUGAGGUCAUAUGUCGGCAAGGUCAAGGCCUGCAUAUUGGACUGGAGUGGCACGACAGCAGACAAAUAUGUCAUCGCGCCGGCCAUCGUAUUUGUGGAGGUCUUCAAGAAAUACAAAGUUCCCAUCUCGAUGCAUGAAGCCAGGGGGCCGAUGGGCCUGCGGAAAGAUCUCCACAUAAAAGCCCUCACUGAGGUUGACGAGAUUAAAUCACGCUGGCGUGACGUGUACAAGAGGGACCCGAAUCAGGAUGACGUCGACCAGAUGUUCAAAGAUUUCAUCCCCAUGCAGCUGGCCGUGAUCAAAAACUAUUCCCGACUUAUUCCCGAAACGCCAAAGGCCAUCGAUAUUCUCCGCAAGGAGUUUGGCUGCAAGAUCGGAAUGACAACGGGAUUCCUUAAGUGCAUGACGGACGUCCUCAUUGUCGAGGCAACCAAACAGGGUUUCACGCCCGACGUCAACGUAGCCGGGGACGACGUGAUCCACGGAGCGCGACCGAAACCGUUCAUGGUCUAUCGGAAUCUCGACUUGCUGGACGUUCACCCGAUCCAGGCGGUCGUAAAGGUCGACGACACAAUAUCCGGAGUGGGGGAAGCUCUCGAGGCUGGGUGCUGGGGGGUCGGGGUGGCUAGGUACAGCAAUUACAUGAAUAUCGACAGCUUCGAAGACGAAGCAAAGCUCACCGAAGCGGAGAUCGCGUCCCGGCUUGCUCACACUAAGACUCUCCUACGGAACGCCGGGGCUCACUACGUUGUCGACAGCAUCGCUAAUUUGCCGGAUGUCGUAGCCGAUAUCAACAAAAGACUCGCAAGAGGGGAGUCGCCGUGAAUUUAAUCUUCAGGAAUUUUUUUUUUUUUUUUUUUUUUUGGUGUUUUUAAUCAAACUAUUGAUUGGAAAUUGUGAACUUAAUUAUUCAAGGGUCUGUUAUACUCAACAGAAUGAUUGGACAUUGUGAAGUCAAAUUUUGAAGGUUUUCUUCUCUUUUUUUUUAGUUAAAACAGGGCCCGAAAUUAAGAAUUGAUUGAUUGAAAAUAUAUUUUAUUGUACAAAAGAAUGAGGAACAAGAUUGACAACUUACGAGGCACUUUUGUUUAUACAUACAGUAUACUUGGCGAAAUUUGAUACCUAUGACAAUUUUGAUGUGUUUUUGCCAGGUCAACUGCUCAUCGAUGACAAUUUUAAGCCUGUCUCCAGCAAUCUUAAACCUGUCUCCAGCAAUUUUAAGCCUGUUUCCAGCAAUCUUAAACCUGUCUCCAGCAAUUUUAAGCCUGUCUCCAGCAAUUUUAAACCAGUAGAUAGUACUAAAUCAAAUAACUUCCGGCUGGGUCAGUUCGAGGUGCACCCAACUUUUGAUAGAGAAGUGAACACAACAAGUCCUGUGAAUGGUGAUAAAUGUAAUU